GCAAACUCAGUCCUCAAGCUAAUUCAGUAAUUCACCUUAGAAUGCUACUGGAUUAAGAGAGUUCAUAUAAAAAUGUUGUUAGGAAGGAUUAAGAAGUCAAGAAAAAUUACGACCAUGAGGAAUAGAGAUCAAGAAGGAUAAUAAGGGGGAUUAGGAUUAAGGAUUAUCUUAAUCAGAACUGUAUACGGAACUGUCUCCGUCCUCUCUCCGUCUUCUUGUUUUAUCACGGAUCAGCCCGAUCAUGGGGACAGAAAUUGGAGGAAGAAUACACGAUGACGUCCAUAACAAGGUUCGCCUCAUCUCCAUAUCAGACUCAAGGUUUACCCGACAACGGGAACGUCAAUAUUUAACAAGAUACAAUGAAGAGCAGCAACUUCAAAUUCCCCGUAGAAUCCUAGCACGCCAUAGUCUUUGUACAAAUCUUAAAAAACGCAUUUCAAAAACAGAAUUCACUUUAUCAAAAUCAUUGACAGAAAGCAAACUUGAUAGGUAUAAAAGUGUUUGUUUCGGAUUGAACUCCCCAUGGAAAACACGUUCUGGUACCCAGUGGGAACAUUUGUAUGGGAAGUCAAAAAGUGCGCCGCUGAAAAAGAACGGUAAGCUAAGUGAACCCAUUUUGCGAACUGCUGAUUCUCGACCAAACACCAUCGGAAAUUCUCAAAAUUACACUACGGAUACUCCAAGUUACCAGCGCGAAGCAACUUUAUCGGAGAGUGUUUCACCACCAAGACUUCACCGCGAGACAACCAUAGCAGACAGUGUUGCUCUUCCCACGCUCCGACCCGAUACAAGGAUGGUUACUCUCCGACAACUCUCGGAGAUCCUCAAUCAGUCGGAUAAAACAGACAAAGACCACAUAAAGGUGAACAUCAACCAUAUACCAAACGGAUAUCCAAAUAUCACGGUGAACCUGAACAAUGAUGUGCGAAUUGCGAGGAAGCCCCAUUGGUUCGAGGAUUCUAAGUCAAUGGAAAAGCCUGGAAAUGACAACGAUGAUGUCUCGUCCAUACAUAGCUCCAUACUUGAAGAGCAACUAAACAAAGAAAGACACGAGAAAUUCUUAGUAAAAACUGAGCUUAAUACUGCGUCUUGUUUUGUACACCCCCUGAAUAAGAAGUACCUAAAGGAAUUGGACAGAAAGCAAAUGGCAACACGAACGAGGGUAGAACAUUGGAUGGCUAACAAUCCAGUUGGUGAGCAAGCAAAUAACAAUGAGAUUGCGGAAGAUGGUUGGCUUGAAAUAACCACAGAGGAACAGAAAUAUCAUAACGAAUCUCAAUGGAUUUAUCAAAUUGAAGAAACUCCAGACUACUUUGAAAAAUUUCGAAAGGAACUCAAAUUGGAACGAAAUGAAACAGCUAGUGAAAGGAGCGCUAAAAAUAGGGCAGCCGAGAGAAAAAAGUUACUGUAUUAUAUGAGGCUCAAAAGAAAACAGCGAAUGGGUAAACCAAACGAAACAGACGAUAAAUCUGAAACAUCAAAAACUCCUGCUAAAAAUAAGAAUGCUAAAAUCGUAAAUAAAACAGAUAUAAAAUAAACUAAAACACGCACAAGAUUGUAAAUUGGUGAUCUACCAGUAUUAUUUAGUUUGAAUUAAGUGAUUUCAAAUAAAAACUGUGAUGUAGACAUGAAUAAUUUACUGUGUUUUGGUAUUUUGUGAGCCCUUUA